GGUUUAUUGCACGAAUUAUAAGUAAAGCCUAUUAAUAGUUGAAUCUUAUUUUAUUGAGGAGAGUUCAAGUUUCAUUUAUUUCUUUUAGUUUUUGACUUUCCGUGAAAAACAUGGGUAAAUUUAUCCUUUUUACUGCGGUGAUUGUUGUGACGCUGUUCAGUUUUGUGAGCACUGCAAAGGUACAAUGCAGUGGUGGAAAAUUCAACAAGCUCGUCAGGAAGCAUAAAAAGUGCUUAAAAGCAGGUUUUGUCUCAGAACUAGAAGGCUGCAGUGGUGAGGGGGAGGGUGAACCAGAUACGCUGUGUUCUAAAAUUGAAAAGGCACUAGCGGGGUGCGACUACAAAUGUCCCGUAAACGGCAAGUACGGAAAGUGGGGUAAGUGGUCGGCAUGUUCGAAGGAAUGUGGUGGUGGAAUCAGAUCCAGCACUAGAGUAUGUGACAAACCCGCACCCGCAUGGGGCGGCAAGGAUUGUAAAAAGAAGGCAGUGAAGACUAAGAAAUGCAAUAAAAAACCCUGUCCUACCACUACACCUCCUUAUUCAACUUCUAAUACACCUUCACCAACCACCCCUACUAUGGGCGGCGGAACUGCUUGUGGCAGCUCCAGAAGACGUGGCACUUCAAGCAGAACUCCGAGUACUACUCAGAGUACUCAGAGUUCUUACUUUAGGUUACUUUAGAGUACAUCACCAAAAGCAGCAAGAUCUUAUUGAUACGUCAUGUCGUAAUGGAAGAAAUCCAGCAACUUGGUAACUAUAGUUACAGGAAAUGGUCUGCAGUUACCAUAGCAACUAUCUCUGCAGGAAAUUCAGUCUUUACUUUUUCUUCUCUCACUUUGUUUUUAGUUUUGUUAGUGUUAAGUUUGUUUAGCAACGUUACAAAAAAAUCUGAAUCAAGAACUAGAAGACUAUUAACAGACAAUAGUUCAGUUUUACCUGAUCGAUGGAUUUAUUUUUAUUUAAAGCAAUUUUCUCUCGUGUGAUCAUGUUUCAUUAUUUCCUUUAAAUUGUAGUUUUACUGCUUAUACUAUUACAUUUCAA